GUGCGUCACGUGACGGGCUCGUUGUUCCGCCGUCACGUGACGGGCCUCGGCGGCCUGGGCUGCGCUCUCCGCGGCGUGCGCCCCCUUCCGCCUGACGCGCCCCCGGCGGCGGCCGCGCAGCCCUGGCUCCUCGCGGGGUCGGGCGGCGGCUGCGACGGGGCUAUGGCAAGCGGCGGUGGCGGUGGUAACACCGGCGCAGGUGGGGGCCCGGGGCUGGGCCUGAGCCUCGGCCUGGGCCUGGGUUUGAGCCUCGGCAUGGGGGAGGCCACCGGCGAGGCGGAGGAGGAGGCGGCCACGGCCGAGGCGGUGGGACGCCUGGCCACGACGCUGUGGCUGCGGCUUCGCGGCUGGGAGGCGGUGCUGGCGGCAGCGCAGCGGCUGCUGGUGUGGGAGAAACCGCUGCACAGCCUGGUCACGGCGGCCGCGCUCAACGGCCUCUUCUGGUUGCUGUCUUCGUCGUCCCUCCGGCCCUUCUUCCUACUCAGCGUCUCACUUCUGGCCUAUUUUCUGCUGGAUCUCUGGCAGCCUCGCUUUUUCCCUGACAUCUCAGCAUCAUCCCCAGAGGAGACACACUCUGACAGUGAGGGUGCGGGGUCAGGCGCCCGGCCGCACCUGCUGAGUGUGCCCGAGUUGUGCAGAUACCUGGCUGAGAGCUGGCUCACCUUCCAGAUUCACCUGCAAGAGCUGCUGCAGUACAAGAGGCAGAAUCCAGCUCAGUUCUGUGCUCGAGUUUGUUCUGGCUGUGCUGUGCUGGCUGUAUUGGGACACUAUGUUCCGGGGAUUAUGAUUUCCUACAUUGUCUUGCUCAGUAUCCUGUUGUGGCCCCUGGUGGUUUAUCAUGAGCUGAUCCAGAGGAUGUAUACUCGCCUGGAACCCCUGCUCAUGCAGUUGGACUACAGCAUGAAGGCAGAAGCUGACGCCUUGCAUCACAAACACGACAAGAAGAAGCGGCAGGGGAAGAACGCACCCCCCGGAGGCGAUGAGCCACUGGCGGAGACAGAGAGUGAAAGUGAAGCAGAACUGGCCGGCUUCUCCCCAGUGGUGGAUGUGAAGAAGACAGCAUUGGCUUUGGCCAUUACAGACUCAGAGCUGUCAGACGAGGAGGCUUCUAUCUUGGAGAGCGGUGGCUUCUCUGUAUCCCGGGCCACAACUCCACAGCUAACUGAUGUCUCGGAGGAUUUGGACCAGCAGAGCCUGCCAAGCGAGCCAGAGGAGGCCCUGAGCCGAGAGCUGGGGGAGGGAGAGGAGACAGAGCCGGCCCCUCCUGAAGACCUGCUGGGGCCCCCUCAGGCCCUCUCAAGGCAAGACCUGGACUCGGAGGAGGAGGAGGAGGAAGAUGUGGUAGCCAAGGAAACCUUGCUUCGGCUCUCGUCCCCCCUUCACUUUGUGAACACGCACUUCAAUGGGGCAGGCUCUCCCACAGAUGGAGCGAAGCUCUCCCCUGGAGGACCAGUGGAGACACUGAGCCCACUGAGCCCGGAGGCAGGGAGUGGUGACCUCACCACUCCACCGAUCACCCUGUCACCCCUACUUUGCCUUGCUGAAAGUGACCCGGUCCCCUCCCCCUCAGUGCUCCCACCUCUUCCCCAGGACUUGCCCCGGCCCCUGCCUGCCCCCGAGGAAGAAGAGGCACUCACCACGGAGGACUUCGAAUUGCUGGAUCAGGGGGAGCUGGAACAGCUGAAUGCUGAGCUGGAGUUGGGGCCAGAGACAUCCUCAGAGCCCCCCGAUGCUCCGCCCCCUCCCUCCCUAGGGCCCGAUGCCCCGUCUCUGGUACAGUCAGGCCAAGAGGCUCAGGCUGUGGCAGAGCCAUGAGCCGUGGGGGAAGGGGUUGCAGGCACGGUAGGGUUUCCUGGCUAGGGGCGCCUCUCCUUCUUCCCUGCUCUAGGGAGAGCUUAUGCAUGGGGAAGCUGGCUGUCAGAUGGUAGCCAGUCCACCCCCUGCCUGCCUGCCUGCCUGCCAUCCCAGGCCUGGUACAGUGCCCGUGCCUGGGAUUGGUUUUAAGUUUGUAAAUAAUUUUACACGUGGGUUAGUGGAUGUGAACAGGGCCAGGGAAGUCCUUCCCACACCCUGCACUCGCCUCCCUGCCUCAUAUCCCUUCUUGUUCCACUAUGCCUCAAGCCCUGGUGGUGUGUCCCUUUCUCUUUUCCUCCUAUCCUCAGGGACCUGUGCUGCUUUGUCCUCGCGUCCCACUGGUGGCUUGGUUUGGGCACUUUAUCGUUCUCUCCUGUCCCAUGUCUCCCUCUGCUUUAUUUCCUGGCUGUGCCCUGGCCUUAGCAGCUCAAUCCCCACUCUUGGCCAGCAGGCCGUGGCUAAGCUUUCAGGAGGCUCCUGUCUGCGUGGUACGGACUAAACCUGGGGUGGUGGGUCAGGCCAGUGGUGAUGCGCUUAGGUCACUGAAGGCCACGUCAGCUACAUGGCACUGUUGUCCUCGUUCCUCCCAGGCUUUCCUGCUAAGGGAGGAGAGCAGGAGUCCCACAGCGCGUGCACCAGCACCGUGUCAGUGAGCAGGAGCUCUGUCCUGUUGGGAUGAAGGGCUUUCUUACUAUCCUAGGAAGGAAUAAAGAGACUGCUCUUUGGGGGCCUUGGAUGGUGCCCAGUGUGGUGGGACCCCCUGGUAGGGUCAGGAGGUGGACAGUAACAUCUGUGCAGGUGUUGACUGGAAAAAUAAAGUGUUGAUUGCCUAGAA